AUGCCUCCCAAAGUCGAUCCCACGGAGAUCAAGGUCAUCCACCUCCGGGCCACCGGUGGUGAGGUUGGAUCCUCCGCGACACUUGCCCCCAAGAUCGGUCCUCUGGGUCUUUCCCCCAAGAAGGUCGGAGAAGAUAUCGCCAAGGCGACUGGUGACUGGAAAGGACUCCGAGUCACCGUCAAGCUCACCAUCCAGAACCGCCAGGCAGCGGUCUCCGUCGUCCCGAGCGCCUCAUCACUCAUCAUCCGAGCACUGAAGGAGCCGCCGCGCGACCGGAAGAAGGAGAAGAACAUCAAGCACAACAAGAGCAUCCCCCUGGACGAGAUCAUCGAGAUUGCGCGGACAAUGCGGUUCAAGUCCUUCUCCAAGGAGCUGACGGGCACUGUUAAGGAGAUUCUGGGCACUUGCUUCAGCAUCGGUUGCCAGGUGGACGGAAAGAGCCCCAAGGCCAUCAGCGAUGCGAUCACUGCGGGCGAGAUUGACAUUCCCGAUGAGUAA